ACUUCCGGCCCAAUGACCGGGAAGUGGAAAAUUUCCCUCUCCCCUUUUUCUAUUCGUGUUUUGUUUCCGUUACGCGAAUCGUAGCAAAUAUUUUUUGUAAUAAAUAUUAAUUUUAUUAAUCGUCAUGAGGCGGUCGACGAGAUCUUCCAGAAGCAGAAAUGCUCCAGAAAAUGAACACCAAUCUGAGAAAGUCAUGUGGCAGUGGCAGGGCGACGAAGGUCAGUGGGAGAUAUACUCGCCAUCCGACUGUGCCCUGCUGGACUCGGCCGUGACCUCUGGGCAAACCCGCGUCUCCCUGACUUUGAGUUCAGGGUUGCUCUACGAGGUGGACCUGAAGAAAAUGGUCCAAGUCAACACCGUCACCAAGUUCAAGAGGAAGAUCCGCUUGCAGACGCUAAAAGCAGCCAGUUCUGAUGACACCGGGGAAGACGUCAUUGCUCCCAACGGCGGUCCAGUGGAGGUGAAACAGGAAGCGGAGAAAUGUGAGGAGCAGCUGACCAAAGGCAAGAGGAAACGAGGCAAGAGCACGAGCCAGGCCAGCGGCACAGACAAGAAACUCAAAGAGGAGACGCCACCGAGUGAAGUUGUCAAGACGGUGGUGAUGAAGGGAAAAGCUCCAGUGGACGCGGAAUGCAAAGCCAAGCUCGGCAAGGCUCACGUUUACAGCGAAGGAGCGGACGUUUACGACGUGAUGCUGAACCAAACCAACCUUCAGUUCAACAACAACAAAUAUUACCUGAUCCAGCUGCUGGAGGAUGACGCGGCCAAGGUGUUCAGCGUGUGGAUGAGGUGGGGCAGAGUGGGCAAAGUGGGUCAGUCCAGCCUGACGUCAUGUGGCGGAGACCUGCUGAAGGCCAAAGCGCUCUUCAAGAACAAGUUCUUGGACAAAACCAAAAAUGAGUGGGAGCACAGGACAAGCUUCGAGAAGGUGGCUGGAAAGUACGACAUGGUCUACAUGGACUACGGCACGAGUACAAAGGAGGAGAAGCCCAUCCCGUCGGUGGCCGAAGCGCCGAAGAAGACUUCCGAGCUGGACCCAAAGGUCCAGUCUCUGCUGGAGCUCAUCUGUGAUAUCAAAGCCAUGGAGGAGGUGGUGCUGGAGAUGAAGUUUGACACGCGCAAGGCUCCCCUCGGCAAGCUGACGUUGGAGCAGAUCAGCGCCGGCUACACGGCUCUCAAGAGGAUCGAGGCGUGUCUGAAGAAGAAAGACGCCAGCCGUGAGCUGCUGGAGGCCUGUAAUCAGUUCUACACUCGCAUCCCACAUGACUUUGGGCUAAAGACACCGCCUCUCAUUCGGACGGAUGACGAACUAAAGAAGAAGAUUGAAUUGUUGGAGGCUCUCCGCGACAUCCAGAUCGCAGUGAAAAUGGUGGAGAGCGCCGGUGACGGUCUCGACGAGCAUCCUCUGGACCGCCACUACCGCUCCCUCAAUUGCCUGCUCCACCCCCUGGACCCACUCGGCGAAGAAUACAAGGUGAUCGAAAAGUACCUGCAUUCCACGCACGCCUCCACGCACUGCGACUACACCAUGAGCGUGCUGGACAUCUUCGCUGUGGAUCGCGACGGCGAGGGCAGCCACUUUCUGUCGCACAUUCCUAACAGGAUGCUGCUGUGGCACGGGUCCCGUCUCUCCAACUGGGUGGGCAUCCUCAGCCAGGGGCUCAGAGUGGCUCCCCCCGAAGCUCCCGUCACAGGUUACAUGUUUGGCAAAGGCAUCUACUUUGCCGACAUGUCGUCCAAGAGCGCCAACUACUGUUUUGCCAGGAACCACAACCAAGUGGGACUGCUGCUGCUGUGCGAGGUCGCCCUGGGAGACAGCAACGAGCUGCUGGACGCAGAUUACAACGCCGAAAACCUGCCGGCAGGCAAACACAGCACCAAGGGCAUCGGGCGGACCGGGCCUGACCCCCAGAAUUUUGUCUCUCUGAACGGCAUGACCGUUCCGAUGGGUCCCGGCGUCAAGACGAUGCAGAGUGCGUCUAAGGGCGGAGCUUACUCUCUCCUGUACAACGAGUUCAUCGUGUACAACCCGGCGCAGACACGUAUGCGCUACCUCCUGCGGGUCCACUUCAACUACGCCUGCCUCUGGUAACAACCACGGUCAGGUGAACAUGUCAUUAUGGGACUGCUGUUUUCAAACAUUGGACCGAUUACUAACGUGCCUCACAUAAAGGAAUGUCGCAAUCAAUUCAAUUGUUAGAGUCCAAACGAUGAUAGUGGGAAAAUCUGCAUACAAAAUCUAAUUUACUGUAGUCAAACAUUAAAGGUGAAAUGUAAAUGAUUGUAAA